AAAAUACAUACAGAGGAAUACUAAAUGGCCUUACCAAUGUGCCUAUAACCAUUCUCCAAUGCUAUUUGAACUGCAUUUUCGAUUUCUUCCGGUUGAGAUCUCCAAGUUCCCAAGCCGACAAUAGUAUGCAAGUGGUAACUUUUGUUGUGCAAAUGGGGGUUAUAGAUAUUGAUUUUUCUGAUAAAGGUCAAGGAGGGUCACAAGAGAAACCAUGUUGGGGUAGUUGGUGAUAUAUUCAUUGCAAGUUGGCUGUAUACAUAAACAGAUGGAGAAGACCACUCAAGAAAUUGUAGAGCAAGACCUCCAAGAAGAAGGCCAAUUCGUGGUGGACGACGUCAGUAAAAUCAUAAAAGAUGCCAUUGAAACGGUCAUAGGGGGUAAUGCCUACCAGCAGGGUAAAGUCAAUGAUUGGACAACAACUGUUGUGGAACAAUGUACAGCAGAGCUUACAAAGCUCAUGAAGCCAUAUAAGUAUAUUGUAACCUGCACCAUUAUGCAGAAAAAUGGAGCAGGAUUGCAUACUGCAAGCUCUUGCUACUGGGACAACAAUACUGAUGGAAGCUGUACAGUUCGUUGGGAGAACAAGACAAUGUUUUGCAUUGUGUCAGUAUAUGGCCUAGCUAUUUAG